AUGGUUUUUGGGAGGAAUCGUCGAAUGUUUGGUGUCUUGUUAAGUACGCUACAGAAGUUCAACAAGGAAGAGAGUAAUAGUUUCAGAGAACAGGAGAGGCGGCAAAAAGAGAUUGAAGCUAAACUCGAAGAAGCGAAACGAAGGGAGCAAGCUGAACUGGACAAUGAAAAGCAGAAGCUUGUUAUGAAAAGGAAAUGCCAGCAAACAGAAAUACGCAGGUUGCAGAAAAAGAAGGCUGUCAUUGCAUCGAAUUGGUAUUUUUCUAGGCCAUUGUUUCAUGAAAAUGACCAGGAAGGUUCGGUAUUGAUGAUAAAAUAUGACCCCGAAUUUCUUGUGGAUCUUUCGGUACUGCCGCUGAAGAUAUCACAUUAA